AUGGAUCUCCAGACUCUCACCACUCUCGCAUCCAGGUCACUAGGGGCAAUUCUUCUCGCCUCUCUUGCCAAAGCCCUAUACUCGUUCCUUAAAACCAAGGAAAGAGGGCCAUACCCUCCAGGUCCGAAGGCCAAACCACUAAUCGGCAACGCAUUUGACUUUCCUGCCAAGGAUGGAGGACAACAUUUCGUGAAAGUGGGAAGGGAGAUUAACAGUGACCUGAUUUACCUCAGUGCGCUGGGUACCGAUAUCCUUGUUCUGAACAAACGUGAAGACGCAGAGGAGUUGCUGGAACGACGAGCUAGGGCCUACUCUGGGCGUGUCCAAAUUCCGGCGAUGCAAGCCAUGGGUUGGGAUGCUAUUAAUAUUGUGUUCAUGGACUACGGCGAUGAGUGGAGGGCACACCGAAAGGCGUGCCAGCAGCUCCUGAACCAAGACAAGACGCGAUCGUAUGAGACCGUCUAUCUCCGCCACGUCUACAAACUGCUUGGCCGGCUUCUGGACGCCCCCGAAGGCUUCCUUCAUCACAACGAGUUGUUCCCGAUCAGUAUCACGCUGGACACACUGUAUGGCUACCAGGUCAAUUCGCUCGAUGAUCCUGUCGUCAUUGCUGCCCAGAAGAGCGCUGAGGGCACCUCCCUCCUUACGCCUAGCGCUGCGUAUAUGAACAUCUUCCCAAUUCUGGGCCAUAUCCCGCCAUGGAUCCCCGGCUCGAUCGCACGGAGGAAGGCAGAGGAGUACGCGCAUUGGACACGAGAGAUGCAGAGGAUCCCCGUAGAGGAUGUGAAGCAUCGAAUGCGCGAUAAAACUGUAGUGGCGUCCACCAUCUCAGAUAUGCUCGAGAGGAAGUCCGCCGGAGAAGUUUCUCCCAAAGAGGAAAAUAUCCUCUACAACGUGGCGUACACGCUGUACGGUGCUGCUGGUGAAACGACAGUAUCAUCCACAGGGACCUUCUUCCAUAUGAUUGCCACGCACCCGGACGUUCAGAAGAAAGCUCAAGAAGAAAUAGAAAGAAUAAUAGGAACCAAACAUCUUCCCACAUUCGAAGACCGCACCUCUCUUCCCUAUGUCGAGGCAAUCUAUCGGGAGGUGAUGCGAUAUAACCCUCCCGGCCAUCUCGGAGUUCCGCAUAAGACCAUGGAGGACGACGUCCAUAAAGGAUACUUUAUUCCUAAAGGAACAGCGGUCUUUGCCAAUAUAUGGUCCAUGACACACGACGCGGAGAGGUACACAGAUCCCUACGAGUUCAAACCCGAGAGGUUCUUGGAUGAGAAUGGGCUCCUAAAUGACGAUGCAAGGGUUCUUGCCUAUGGUUUAGGGCGAAGGGCUUGUGUCGGAAAAUAUGUCGCGAGCGCUACGGUUUGGAUAAUGAUCGCCUCCGUACUUGCCUGCUUCACGAUCGGCAAGGCCAAGGACGAGCAUGCAAAUGAGAUAGAGAUUAACGAUGAAUAUGAGGAUAAUGGAGGCGGAGUACACAAGAAGCCGUUCAAGUGUUCGAUUGUCCCAAGAUCAGAGCUCGCGAGGAAGCUGAUCGAAGAGGCCGCAAAAAUAUAA